AUGCUCAAUGCUGCUCUGAAAGACGAAGUCGAGGCACUGACUUCGAUCUAUGAUUCUGAUGUCCUGACUGUCACUAGUGAUUCGAGCGCAAUCCUUGCACUUCCGACCAUCGCCUAUUCCUUUACUGUUCAAUUCCCAUCAGACUAUCCUGAUGUCCCUCCCCAGGUAACAGGCACGCAUCAUAUCGAUGCCUCUGCAAAGAAAGGAGAAGGCGACGGCGCUACGAGCAUUCUACAAAGCGUGCUAGGUCGUGUCUUCGUUCCAGGACAAGUCUGCUUGUUUGACCUUAUCGAAGAAGCCACUCCCGUGUUACAGCAGCAUCACGAGGCACAAAAUGGCACGUCUCAAGAUAGUGAGGAGUAUGGUUCGAGCGGCAGGUCAGAUACACCCAUGUCCUCUGUUGCUCCGACUGCAGGACGGGCACAGCUGACAGCCACAGCGAAUAUGCCACCACCGAAUUGGGUUAUGUCGGAGCCGUUAGUGGUCAACAAGUCUAGAUUCGUUGCGCGGUGCCUCCCAGUAACAUCUGUUAGUGAGGCAACAUCCUCUCUGUCACAUCUCAUAUCCACAAACAAGAAGGUCGCAGAUGCAACGCACAAUAUUACAGCCUGGCGAAUCAAGACUAUGCCCACCAAUACAGCACCAGAAAUUGUUGUGCAAGAUUGUGACGAUGAUGGCGAGACUGCGGCAGGUGGGCGCUUGUUGCAUCUUAUGCAACUCACAGAAGUGUGGAAUGUGAUUGUGAUCGUUACCAGGUGGUACGGCGGCGUGAAGCUAGGUGCUGAUCGUUUCAAGUGCAUCAACAAUGUUGCACGAGAAGCAUUGGUCAACGGUGACUUUAUCAAAGAAGGGAAAGACAGUAAGGCACCCAGCAAGAGAGGCAAGAGAUAG